AUGGCAUCCAAAGGAAACGCCGAGGUUAAUUACGUCCAUCAAAAUGCUAUUUUGUGCGAAACAAUCAAGAAAGAGCAGAGAAAUCACAAGCUAUACACAAACUACAGCAUAAACCCAUUCAAGAAAAGUAAGAAGGAGACAAGUGUUUAGCAUGGCAUCCUUUUGUUUUCUCAAAAAUAAGUGAUGAUUUUGAUAAAAUUCAGGUUCUAAUAGGUUAAUUUUUUUGUAUUUCGUAGUGUACACAUUAACCAGAAAGCCAAAUUCUUUGCACGACUCCGCGGAUGGUGAAGAAGAUGGUGAGAAACAAGACAGCCUGAAUAUAGAUUCUUGAGCUUCCCAUAUAUAUAGCAAUCAUACUACGGUACACUGCUACUUUACCAUGACAUUAAUAUUACUAUCCUUGUUUCUACAGAUCAUUUCUUAGAAGUGAUCAAGAAAUCCAAUGAAACACCUGUUAAAAAAUUUCAAUUUCCACAAACAUCAGCGCAGGAAAUAGGAUGGAAUACAGAGCCUCUGGUGAGUGUUUUUACCGUGGUAGCUAACUUUCUAAAUCGGGGGAGUAACUGAAGAAUGCCUUGCAAGUCGACUGCAUUACUAAAAAACAGUCACUUCAUUGUAGGUGAAAACUGUUCUCAGUUGAAAUCAGAAUUUCCUUUGCCUCCUGAGUAUGGCCAGGAGGCAAAAGAACAGCUAAACUUCAAAAUACCCAGCCACUUUUUUGCAUAUCAUUGAACAACAAAGUGUCUAUUGUGUUAUACCUCGUUCUUUAAAGCGUUCCGACAAAUAUAAAUGAUGUGGCCAGGUAUUAAGUUGCUCCAAAAGAACUUCUGAAUCAAACUACAGUGGAACCCCACUCUACAGAUACCUGCCUAAUACAGACACCCAUACAAUGGACAGUCUCAUUUGCACCAACAGUGAAAAAGCUCAUAUAUUACUUCUAAAAAUAACUCGCUUCAUACAGACACCCGGAUAAUCCCACUGGUGUCUGUAUUAAUCGUGUUACACUGUAAAUGGUGAAUACUGGUUAAACCUGAGAAGGGAUUAUACCUACAGUGGUAGUCAAUCAACGAAAUUGGCAGAUUAGCAAUCAGUCAUAACUCAUAACAAAAAAAGUUCAACAUAAAAUAAACAUAUAGUCAUGUAAGUUCCAAUACAUUUGGUGGAAACUUUGGAUGUGUGGACCAAAUCGAAGAAAAAAAGGGGCAGGAGGCGCCAGAAAUGCAAGGUAUCGGGGAUGAGAGGUUUGGAACCCCAGUCCCUCCUCACAGACCUUUACACUGAUAAACCUUAAGCAAAAGAUAUUUAACCCGAAGAGCUUCAAAGAAUAUCAUUUUAGGUCUUACUUGCCAAAAGUGAGUCAAUUCUUUUUGACUUGGAUGUAUCUGUUUAGAAACUUAAUUUCUUUUUCCAGAUUGACAGAUUGUGGAAAGACCGCUUAGAACAUCCCAUAGUUAAUGCUGAAAUAACAAAGUUCAUGGACAAGAAAUGGAUGGUUAAAGAACAACAGGAUAUUAAUCAGAGUUGA